UAGACGAGGUACACGUGACAGAAAAUUGUCGGUAUGUCAGCGCAGCUUUAUCUAGCCUUAUCGUGCGAUGAGCUAAGGUAUUUUUUUAACUCUCAAUUAGUUAUUACAAUUGGCGUACAGCUGCGUGUAUCAUCAGGGUCACCUGCUGGUGCCUGCCAUAGCACAACGUAGUGUGCAUUAAAGGUUGACGCGAUGCAGUCGCCUUUGGGCCAUACGCUUUGGGCUGUCUGGCGAGCAAGUAGUUGGCUCAUAAUCCAUACAAGUAGCAUUUAGUUUUUGUCAGAUAAUACUCCCGAUGAUACGAGCGACGUUUGUCGCUGAGAGUUCAAAGUGAAGUUUAUAUCUCUUUAAUGUGACCAUCGCAAAAAAACGAAUCACCGCAAAUAUCUUGAUUCUACAAUCUUCAGUCAUAACGUAUUGGAGUAAUAUUCGAGCAGGAUGUAUGGUGUGGAAGGCAUAAAAGGCAUCAAAUAUCUUAACCAAAACGGAAUACUAAAUAGAGCUUCCGAUUAACCACGUUACAGAACUAGUGAAUUAUCUUCAAAUAUGCAUCGUGAAUAAUAUGAAGAUUUAACAAUUUCUCUAACCCACGCAUAACGAGACUCGCUGACAGGCCUUUUAUUGUGGUAACAAAACACCGAACGACAUAACCUCUAAUAUUACGAAGCUGAAUGCAUAUAUGCAACAGGUGUUUCACGUUCUCACAUAUCUAUAGUGUGACAUUCACUCAUCAAGGCGUAGCUUCAGCUUCGGUGACUAAGAUAAAUUUUAACGUUGAAAGUGGAAUUUUCUCAAAUUGAAAUGAACUAAUUGUUCGUAAAAUAUUGUUUCAUUUGGUUGUGAAUGUUUAAACUGAUAGUCCCGUUUUUCUAGUGUAUUAAUAUUUAUUGUGUACAAAACUGUGUUUUCAAUUUUUAUCCAAUGUAAACAAAAUUGUGAAAUAAGUGCAAAGCCUCUGGCGUUAACGUUUCUCAUGUAGUUAAAUAUCGUGUAACAUGUCAUACAUCCAGCCCGAAAAUUCGAACAGAGUGAAUUCGAUAAAACAAAAAUUCGAAUCUGCUCCAGAAACCAAAAUUUCUCCAGAGCACAAAUGUUUUGCCUUGAAACCAAAAGAAUCUCUUUGCCGAACACUCAGUGCUUCCCCUAUUGCGCCACGAAAAAAUUUAACCCUGCAAGUCACCAGGCAACUUUCCAAUCCUGGUAGAAAUAUCAAAAGAACUCCUGCAUUUCGAGGGGAUAAAUUAUCUCGCACAAAGAAUUUGAAUUCACCGACAAAAGAGAGGACUGUUUCUUUGGUUGACAAGAACGUCAAAUUGUUUGAAGACAAUCCUGAGUAUGGAAAAAUCGGCAAUGUUAAAAAGAAAAUACAGAAGGAUAACACAGUUGAAGAAUUUAAUAUGGUUUAUGACGAUGUGGACUCAGUUGUCAGGCUUGAUGACUUUGAGAAUAAAAAUUUGAAUCUCACAAAGACAUUGCAGGAUACUGUAGGGUAUGGUAAAAUAUUAUCCAAGGGAAAUGAUAGAUUGAAAGACUCUCGAAGCCAGUCGCUCGAGCGUUCUAUUGAUAAACAAAUAUCCGAUGCAAGAAUGAAUGAAUGUAAAGACUCAGUUAGAACAACUGUUAUUUCAAGGCAUAAAAAUAUAUCAUCAUUGUCAGGUGGAAACAAUCAUUCCAGGACUACUAAUGAAGAGACAAGGUCUGGAAUUUUGAGCCAGUAUGAGUAUAAUAAAAAGAAUGUCAGCUCACUUUUCAAACUAGAUAAAUUUAUGAAAAAUGGCGUUGAAUACACCAAAGUUAAUAAACCUAAAUUAAAACAAAUUGAUGAUGGAAAAUCUCCUAAUCAAACAUACCUCCAUAAUUUUCAUGACCAGAAAGAUGAACUUCCAGAUAUAAGAGAGGAGUUAUCGAGGAGAAAAUGUAAACUGCGCAAAAAGGUGGAACAAUCUUCAGGAGACUCAAAAUUUGAAUUACCUAGAGGACUUAAUCAGCUUUCUGAAAACUUUUCUGAGGAACUAUUUGGAAAUGAAUCAGACAACUGCGGCCAAAAAACACUUGACUUUGUUCCUGUGAAAGAUAUUAUUCUAAGAAAUAAAAGCGACGAUUUAUCAAGAAAGUCUUCCUGUAUCAACGAAUUGCAAGGUAUGUUUGGUAAUAAGCUAACAGACACAUUAAAGGCAGCUUUGAAAGCUCCACUACCAGCUGGACCUCCGCCUAAAAAGCCACCAAGAACUUUUGCCCAUAGCCCAAUAUCAAAUCGUUCUCCUGUCGAUGACUAUGAAGAAGUGGAUGGCUUCUGGCAAAAAAAAAAAGUGCCAAGUAGUGAAAUCACCUGCAUGAGCUUGGAGCAUGAAGCACUGGAUGGUCGAAAAGAGAAAAUUCGCAGUUUCUUACAUGACACUAGCACUCAACAAUUACGGAUAAACUUAGAGGAAAAAAACAGAAGAAUGCAAACUGACAGUCCAACCUCAGACAAACCAGCAGCUAAGUCUGCAAACAGAAAUGGAGACAUUAAUAAUGACUCAGAAGAGCUGGAAAAAGUUCAUAGCAAAUUGCGUAGAUCUUCAAAUCUGGAUAGCCAUCUACAUGGAAGAAAGGAGCGCAACAAAAGCUCACCAAAUUUUGGCGAUGAAGUACAGAAUUCAGGUGAAUAUGAGCCUAUUUCUGCCCCAGUGUCAAAGACUGAUGAACAAUCAACCCAAAUUUCGGUGUCACUAUCAAAACUUGGUAUCAGUUCUCAACAAACAACAGAGACUGAAAACAGUGUUGUGACAAUUGAUUCUACCUUACGACCAAAAAGAAUUUUCUCACCAGCCCAUGCUUUAAACAAAACGUCUUCCAAAGACAACUCAACCUCACUGCAUAAUACUUCUUACUCUCCGCAAAAAUUUAAAACGUCCCCAGUUAGGUCUUCUAGUACUACUAGAUCCAGGUCAUGCAAAGAUUCUAAAGAGAUGUUGGAAAAAUUGGAACACGUUUUGACACAGCAUACAAAAGCUUGUGGUCCAAAAGUUAUCAUACCUCGUACGGAUAAACUUGAUAUUGCUGUUACUCAAGACAUGAAAUCUGAGACUAUAUCUAGGCACAAAGAGAUAUUUCAAAAAAGACUAUCUCGAACUUUAGAAGAGGCAAAAAAAUUGGGUCCACUUCCUGAUACUCCAGAUUCAUCACCUGAGAAGAGCAGAAAUUUGGCAUUCGAUUGCCUGCCUUCAUUGAAUUGCGCCGGAAAUUCUAGUAUCUAUGAGCAGAUACAAAAUCCAGAUUUUAAAACCUAUUUAACGGAUGAUAAGACCUGCGGAUCAUUGGCUAGAACUGAAAAUAUUUACAGUAAAUCUGGCAUCCCUCUUCUUCCGAAUUCGCAAUUCUAUUUAGACAAUAACAACGAAAAUGCGACAAAUUUUUUAAGCACGGACCCAUACGAUACAUUAAUUAUUAGCCCAGCGUCAAAAAGACUUUCGACCGAAUUGACGACGUUUUCUGAUGCGAAAAAGCAGAUAAAAAAAGAGGAGCCCGUUUAUGCGGAACCUUUCACUUUCGACCAGAAUUUUAGCACCGAUAUAUCAAGACUGUCAGAAACGGGCACAUCUUCACCUAGAAGUGAGAGGAAAUUUCGUUCAAAUAAACAAGAAGACAGUCCGAAGACUCUGCGGAAGGGCGCAGAAUUGCAUUAUAUGUGUACUCCGAUCCCAAUCGCUUUCAUAGAGGCCAACAAUAACCAUAUUGAAAAUGAAUUGACAAUCAUGAACAAUCGACAAGAAAAUGAUCCCGCUAAGAAAUCAUCGCUCAAGUCGGUGCUCCCGUUGCGUCCUUCGCCGGACAAGUUCGAUAAAACUAAGAUAGAGCAGUUGUUAGAUCAAGCAUUUGGCCAGCCGGUAAUGGCCGGAUCGGAGACCCCAACAGAUUCGAAUACCUCAUCUGAUACCGACUCUUUAGCUUCCGUAACUUCGAUAACCGAAGAAACCUCAACAUUUGGCGAAAAGCUACAAAUAUUUAAAGAUAAGGAAAAAAUAUCUCGAUCAAAUAAAGCUGACCUUCACAGAACGCAGACUGAUAGAAGAAAGAACUAUCUUAGACGGGUUUCAUCUAAGUUCACCGAUCGUAAUCACAGUGGUCUUUCGGUGAACAGAGGGGACAACCUGUUUGAAGCCUGUAUUCUUGUUGAAUUAAAUCUCAGUACAAGGAUACCAUACGUCAAGGAUCGGUAUCCAAUACAUGUGAGAACCCCAGCGUGGAUAGAAAAUUUUUGUUUUCCCGAUGGACUGGACUGGCCUCCUAUGGAAUCGGAGCAAAACUUGGCAUAUACCUUUGUUCUAACUGACGAGAAAGGAAAUCGUCGGUAUGGCUACUGCAGGCGGGUUAAGCCAGAAGGAGCACCUGUAUGUUUACCUCUAGCGUACUGUUUGAUCUCGAAACAUCGAGCUAGUGGUUUUUAUGCCAAACUCUUGGACGAACUGGAAUCGAGACACGGUCAACCAGACAUAAUGAAAAUAAGUUUCAUCGAAAGACUCUACAAUAGCACAAUGCCACAGCCUGGUCAAGCACUGAGAAUUAAAACACAGGUCAUCGAUGCCGUCAAUGAACCAAUCAUCGAAGUCGCUGGCUCUGGAACUAUUAACAACGUUGCAAGUGAAAAAUAUAUGAAUUCUUAUGGGAAAAUUUCGGGUACUUCGAUGCCCAAGUUGAUUGAGACAAUGCUAGAUUCAGAGAGAUCAAAAGCUGAAGAAGAUUCGUCCGACGGUUUAACGGAGUUCGCAGAUGAGGAAUACUUCAUGAUAAGAAUGGAUGAUCACCGACUAGAAGAGAAGGAUAUGAGCCAAUUAUUCGAUGCUGUCUCAACCAAAGUGCUAUUAUUGUUGUUUUCGAGCUUAUUACUGGAACGAAAAGUUGUUUUGAUCAGUAGCAAAUUAAGUAAAUUAUCAUCAUGUGUGGAAGCCUUACAGAGUCUGCUGUAUCCGUUUAGUUGGCCACAUCCAUUUAUACCGUUUCUGCCAAAUAUUCCUGAAUUUUCGGAGAUCCUCCAAGCGCCAUCGCCUUUUGUUAUCGGAAUCCUAAAACAGAAAAAUGGAUUCAGCAUUGAAGUAGGGCCAUUGGAAGAUGGUAUCGUAGUUGACUUGGACACGUCAAAAGUAAUUUCAGCUGUUGGAGACGAAUCCUCGAUUCUACCGUCCAGACUUCAAAAAGGCUUGAAGUCAGCUUUACAAAUAGUAUCGAAUACCGAAAAAUCUGGAAUUGGUUUCCGAAACUAUUCAAUUUCUGAAGCAUUUUUGAGAGUUUUCGUCGAGACGAUCGCUCAUUGCGAUUCACACAUUGUUUCGCAACAAGAUGGAAAAAUUGUUUUCGAGAAAGAGUCAUUUGUAAAAGCUGCACCAUCCCGGGGCAUCCAAUACUUUCUAGAAUGGUUCGUUGAGACACUGAUGUUCAACCAAUUCAUACAGUAUCGAAUUCUGAGAGUAGAAGGAGUGAAUUUGCCCGCAACAGAUCAAAUGAAGUUAUUUGGGUUGAGGUUAGCAGAAUACAAGAGAGCUGCUGACAGAAAUGGGCAAAUAAAAAAGAGUUCCACCAAAAAAAAAACUUUUGGUGAUCGGUUUAAAGACUUGACUAAUUUCAAUUAAUGAAGCUUUGGACAGAGUUCAAUAGAAUAGGAGAGAACUUUCAGCAGAUAUUAUUUCGAGUGGAAUUGUGCUUAAUGAUGUAUGUAAGUCUAUUAUCUCAUAUCCAGAGAUCUUACAAGUUACUUUUUUCAAGUAAAGUGGCAUCUUGUAGCUUUAAUUAGUCUAAGCGGCAGGUUAUAUUUUUGAUAGGGUGCUGUUAUUCUGAUAGCCAUUACUAGUACCUUCCUUAAUUAGUGUAACAGAACGACCUGUUUUAAUAAUAAGUGGAUACAUAAAUCAUAAGUGCAUAAGACAUACAAGUAGCGUUAAAUCAAAGACAAUUUAAGAUAGCGUAUAGGUGUAAAAUCACGUAGCCAAAGUAUAUUUUCAUAGCAGAAUAAGACGAGAUGUUGGCAAAGCAGUAUGGAAGGAAGUAUAUCGUUUGUUAAUAUCCUACUCAAUCGCACAAUGUUUUUACCUGAAUUUAAUCACUAAUGAUAAAUGAUGUUGAUUUUGUUUUUGUUAUUGCCAUUACUUACGCAUACUGUGAUUAUUUAUUUCAUACAUAUUAUAUAAUUUUCUCCAUGUCGUUCUAUUUUCGUACUCGUUUAUAAUAUUACUUUGUUUGGUACAUAAAUAAAAUAAUCACAUGACUAUUUCUUUGAAAGUGGUAUUCCAAUUACUUAAAUAUUUAGUCUUGUCACAAAUCAAGUCUAGUUAAAAAGACCGAGGAAAAUCAAUGCUCGAAUCCGUUUCUCGGAUAUUAUCAACAAUCGCUGAUAUUAACAAUGUCAAGCUCCUUGCAAACACCUGUAGAUGUCCUACAUGAUAUAAAAAGAUUGUAUUCCAGUCGACGAUACCCUAGCAUUCUGUUGGAUGUGAUUAGUUUUCUCGCUAGAUGUAGCUACGACUCCGUUUCGACAUCCGUACCUUCACGGAAAGUGCCAGUGCCCACAUUACGUAAAGGAAUCAUUAUCGUCGACUCGGUGGUUUUGCUCCAGUUGAUUCGCAUAUAUUCAGUAGAUACACAGAAAAAAUUUAGUGUAUCCUGUAUAAAAUGGAC